CGACGUAACAAUAUGUAAAAACGUAUAUGUAGAAAUAAUUAAGACUGCAUUAUUAAUUCGAAGGUUUUAAGGUUAUAAAUACAGGUGAUGCGAUUAAAUAAUAAAAUGUUAAAACGAAAAUUUAAAUAUUUAUCUAAAAGUCAAAAAAAUAGACGCCUCAAGGAACUUUGUAAUUCUUUGGAUAAUAAUCGAAAUGAUAUUAAUAGUCUAAUAUCUACAUUCAAAAGUAUUAAAUGUGGCAAAACAGUAACAAAAGAAACUACAAGUGAUUCUGAAUUUCAAGAUGAUAAAUUUAUGAAUUAUGUCUUGAAAGAAUCGAAUAACAAAAAUACUAUCAAUAUUUUCAUAAAUAAUCACAAUGAUUGUGAAAGUAAUUCAAUAGAUGAAAAUCAGGUUACAAAUGGAUUUUAUAAAAAUGUAUUACAGGAAAAAUCUCAAAAUUUUAAUAAAAUAAUGGCACGAUGGGUGUGCAAUCAUGGCAUAACUCAUGAAGCAACUGGCGCUCUUCUAAAAAUAUUAAGAAAUGCUGAAUUAGAUCAAUUUCGCAAUCUACCUUUAGAUCCAAGAACUUUACUUGGAACACCAAAAUCAACAAUAAUUCGUAGUGUACCACCAGGUGAAUAUUUUCAUUAUGGUUUAAAAAAUGCUUUAACUGAUCAAUUGAGAAUGAUUGGUAUCAAUAAAAUAUCUCAUGAUAUCCAGAUAAAUGUAAAUAUUGAUGGAUUGCCAAUAGCCAAAAGUUCAAAAAGUGAACUUUAUCCCAUUCUGGGAGAAAUUUAUCCAAAAAUUUCCGAGCCAUUUGUAAUCGGAGCUUAUCAUGGAUAUGAGAAGCCUAACUCCUGUAAUACAUUUCUGAGAGAAUUUAUUGAUGAAUAUAACAUUUUACAUAGAAGCGGAUUUAACUAUUGCAAUCAAAUUUUUACUGUUAUUGUACAAUUAGAGCUGUAAUUUGUGACAGUCCAGCACGAUCUUUCAUUACAUGUACAAAAGGUCACAAUGGCUACUUUGGAUGUGGAAAAUGUAGAGAAGAAGGAAAUUAUUACAAUCAUCGCAUGUUAUUUUUGAAUUCGAGUGCAGCUUUAAGAACAGAUGAAAAUUUCAUUAAACGUAUUGAUGAAAAUCAUCAUACUGGAACAUCAUUAUUUGAAGAAGCAGAUUUAGGGAUGGUCUCGCAAUUCCCACUUGAUUACAUGCAUCUUGUUUGUCUCGGAGCUGUAAAAAAAAUCUUACAAAAGGUAACAAAAGGAUCUCAUAAAUGUCCAAUUGUUCUUCAAAAUUAUUUACCAAAGAAAUAUUUCAUCCAUUUUAUUUCUCUACACUGUGCAAUCAGGAUUCUUUGUCACGAAACAGAUUGCAAAGAUAAUAAUAAAUAUGCUGCAGAUUUAUUGGAAUAUUUUGUAGAGAAAUGUACUGAAUUAUAUGUUGUUUUUCAUUUGAGAGUUACUUAUAUAAUAUUAAAAAAACACUAAAAAAGGCAGAAAAACCUUUACAGCAGCUGCACAAUAGAAUUGUAGAACGUAUUGCAUGUAAUUUUGAAAAAAAGAAAGAUUUAUUUUUCGAAAAACCUACAGUGACAUGUAAAAAUCAUAAAAUAUCGAAAGAACUUGGAUAGGACUAUCGUACGCAUUAAAAAUAUUUGUUUAGAUCAUGAUGAAAAACCUAUUUUAAUUGGAGAAUUAUUGAUGAAUUCUGUAGCUUUUCCAAAUUAUCCUAUUGAUUCAAAGGAGUUUGAUAUUGCAGUCGGGAAUCAAUGGUCUCAACAGACAAUUAUCAAUGCAAAUAACGUUAGCAAAAAGGCUAUUACUUCUUAAAAAAUUGUUAAUUCGACAAAUAUGUAUUUUAUUGUAUUUUGGAAAGAGUGGUGUGCUACCAUACCAAGUUGUUGGUUAUUUAAGGAGUCUAAAAUUUUUAAGUGGCCACCAAAAUCUAAAAAUCCUACACUUGAAAGCAUUAAAGCAACAUUGCCAAAAGAAAAUUGGAGUACAAUUCAUUAUAACAGGUUUAUAGGACCAUUUGCUACAUAUAAUGAAGCUAGAAGUAUUGAAAUCGAAGCUCUUAAUAUUUCGACUAAUGACGAAGAUGCAUUUGAAACAAUCACAAAUAAAGCAACUAAUUGUAAGCCACUUCCCAUGAAACGUGCAAUCAAAAAACCAUAUCGACUUUGUUCUUCCGAUGAAGAAUAUGAUAAGAAAUCAUAUGUUAAAAAUAAAAGACUUCCGAAACUUCAAAAAAAUAAUAUUUCUCUAGGUGAAGAUAAAGAAUCUAAUGAAAAAUCUGAUGAAAAUUCUAAUGAAGAAUCUGAUGAAGCUGCAGAACAAAUUCUAAAACCUUACAAUAUCCAAAAGAGUUUCCAAAAACCUCCAACCAAUUAUAUUUCAAAGAAUAAUAAUAAGAAAUUUACAAGCGAAGAUGAAGCAUGUGUAGCAAAGUGUUUUGUUGACAAUGAAAACAAUAACAUAGGUUUUGAAAGUCAACCUUUGGAAUAUGGAAAUUUCUUUAGUCAGGAACCACUUCUAACGAAACAAUCUGAACCAACAAACAAUAAUGUUGAAUCAAAUAAUGAAAUAUAUAUAUCUGAAACAUUAAAUGAUCUAAAUGACACGAAUCAACUCGACGAACAAAUAUCGUUGCAACAAAAUAUACUUAAUUCAGCUCAAUUGGAUAACGAUAAAAUAUUAAAAAAUAAUUCAAUUAUUCAUAAUGUCAUUGAAACUACACGUAUACAAAAUAAUACUGACCGACAAAACGAACGACGUACGUUCGAACAUCAUGAAUUAUGUUGCGCAUCCUGUCGUAGAGAUAUUCAGACAAUUAAAAAAACAAUAAAUUCAGUUUAUCUUCUUGUAUUGGAUAUGAGUAAUGAAGCACCUCGCGAUGCUACCAAUAAUCUUGCUUUAAACUUGCCUAUUACAUCAGAAAAAGAAUUGAAAGACUUUGAAAUAUUACUAAAAGAAGAUGCUGCAGCUCGGUCACAAUAUAAAAAAAUGAUAAAAAAUAUCGGUGGUACAACUUUCCAAAAACAUGUACGAAAUGCUUUAACUGCUACCUUAACUGAUCAAAUGGCAUAUAAAAUGUCAUGGACAGGACAAAAAAAUUCGCUAAUGGUAAAAGAAAUGAAGAUUAUAGAUUUGAUAAUUGAGACUAUAAUUAAUUCUCGAUUAGAUUCUACGAUUGAUAAAAUACAAGCUGUUAUUAAAUCAUGGUUACAACAUGCUGGCGAUCGUCUUCCUAAAGAAGAAAGAACAAGCAAAAAAUAAAAAUAAGCAUUUAAGAUAAGAUUAGAUUUUCAUUAGAUCAUAUUAAGUAAUAUGAUAUU